AUGGGGAAGAUUCUCAAAUACGACGCAAGCAUGCCCCAGCCCAUCGCAAUAUCCAUCAACGACCCCAGUUUGCAACGGCUUAUCGCUAGAAUAGAACGCCAAACGACUCAAGUCAGAUUCCCUGACAAAGUUUCGAUCGAUACCCUUCCACAAGAAGCCUUGGAAUCAGGCUUAAAUAAUGAAAGUGCAAACAAGCAGCCCAUGGAGACCACAAAGGCAUAUCAUGACAAGGUAGGCGGGGUUUCGAGAAGUUUAAAGUGGGUUGGCAGGAUGGAACCGAUCAAAGAAAUGAAAGGGCACUUGAAAGCGACCUGGAAGGAGUUCUCUGGAAAAAGAAAGAACGUUGCAACGAAACCUGGGGAAUCGGUCGAAUCGAAGGACAUAAAGGAAACGCUCGAGGGCGAUGAAGAAAAACAAGUCCCCAAGACAGAAAAGAACGACUUGCCACCGAUCGUUAUGGCAUGGCCAACCCGUUUCGUUUUGAACGCUAUACCUGAACCUACAGAGCCAGACGUCCAUCUUCAAGUAUUCGAACAGGCAUUUCAUGUUCAUUCAGCUAUCCUAAAACACAAGUCUGAUUUCUUCAAAACGUUCCUUGAUUCUCCCGAUAAAUCAGGACUGAUUGAUAGAGACUGCCAGUUCCACUACAAGUGGAUCAGUAUCGUAGACGAAGACGAGCAAUGGUCAUUAGUCUGGGAUCACCCGGAUCCUGAGAAGGUUGGUUAAGCUAAUCCUGCUCCCCAUAACCGCCAUUACUUAUUGAGAAUAUAUAGAAAACAACUCAUCACUCCGAGAUAAGCGAUACUUCAGCUGAGAUUCGACGUUUCAAAACUCUCUUGGACAUCUUCUAUGGAAAGAGAGUUGCAUUCGAGUCCGCCAACCAUUUGGCGCGUAUUAUAGAGUGGGCAGACUAUUACCGCGCGCUUCCAGUGGCUCGUGGCGCAAUAAUGAUGGCUCUAUCAGAGGACGAGAAUGGUCGGCUUUUUUAUGAACUUCUACAAUACAUGAGAGAUGACGCUUCUUAUGUCUUGUAUCUAGCCUCCAAGCUGGAACAUAAAAAGCUAGCUCGAGAAUGCCUCAUUCACAUGGUUGGAAUUUGGCGAAGCGAGGCCAUUGAUGAUAAUACUCAUCCCUUCCUAGCGAAACAUAGAAGUGAAUUGCUGAAGAAGUUGAGGAUAUAUUGGCAGAGGCUUGGAAUGAAUGCAACAGCGGACAGUACGCAAACUCCAGUUGAUCGAACAUUUUGA